CCCAGCGUAGUACUAUUUGCAGCUAUAUUGACUAGGCUUACAUUAGGAGUGCCUCACCGCACUACUGACCGUUUGUUGGUGGACUUUCUUACACUCAAACACUGCCACCAUGCCAUCAUUUUCGAUUGCCACUCCUCCGCGUUCGAUCGUGCCCAAGUGCUAAAAGUUUCCCACAAUAGCAGCAAGCUCGUUCGCUUCGUCGACAUAGCCGCAAACAGCACGCCAUCGAACGUAGUAGUCCGAGCCUUGUUCACACCUCGCCAGCACGCCAAACUGUGCGCCGUGCUCGACUUUGCCUGCCCGGGAGCGCCGAAUCUUCUGGAGGAAGUAAGCCCCAGGGAGCGCUGGCUGGGCAAAUCUUUUUGCCACUCGAUUUGUUGUUUUUUGCUUUAUCUUUGUAGGUCUCCAAACAUCGCUACAUGAACAACACCGUCAGCUGGCUGCUACUAUCUCGCAACACAACAGCCGACCGUGGCGACCUGCUGCCGAGAGUGCUCUGGAACACGGCCGGCAUUCAGAUGAACUCGGAUCUUGUUACGGCCAUUGAAACUACCGACCAUCGAGGGGUGUUUAAUCUGUUCGAUAUCUACUCCAAGGGUCGCCAUCUGUGUAAAGAUAUCUUCCAAACGCUGCUGGGAACGUGGAGCGCUGACGGUGGCUUCCGCCUGACGCCCAACUACAGCCCGUACAAGAUUCGGCAAAACUUUAACUUCCUGCAGCUCCGGGGAGUUACCGUGAUCGAUCGCGAAAAUGUAACAUCGGGCAAGGUCGAUCAGCUGUUGGGUGAACCGGGGCUGACCAAGGGCAUCGUCGCGUUUGUUAAGUAUCAUUACGCGCUGCUGGUCGUGUUGCGAGAUUUUCACAACUUCACCAUCAAAUUUCGUCCAACGCGCGGCUGGGCCGGCCGCUUACGCUCCGGCUAUCGGCUGGGGCUGCUCGGUGUGGUGCAGCGCCACGAAACGGAUGUCGCCGCGACCGGUAUCAUCAUGCGGCUGAGCCGCCAGCCGGAACUGGACUCGAUCCACUACAGCUGGGCUUUUGAAACGGGUUUCAUCUACAAAAUCACACCGGACAUUGGGAGCAAAUCGGAAGGAAACGGCUUCGUUGCUCCAUUUUCGCUCCCGGUCUGGGUGGCGCUGCUCCUAUCGCUCGCCCUGUCGGUGCUGGUGCUGCAGUAUCUUGCCCGGCUGUCCGCGGACGAGCGAAACACGCGCGCUACGAUGGCGUACGUGCUGGACGUAAUGGCGUGCGUCGCCCAGCAAGGUGUGCCGAACGUUUCGCGCCUGGUGCCGACGCGCGUCGCCGUGAUCGUGCUGCUCGUCGCUAAUUUGGUGCUGUACAACUACUACACCUCCACGGUGGUCAGCGGGCUGCUCAGCUCGCAGAUGAUUGGGCCGGAAACGAUCGCGCAGGUGAUCGACAGCCCGCUGCUACUGUCCCUGACCGACACGGGCUACCAUCGGAUACUGUUGCGGGAACAAACGCUACCGUACAGCACACGGAUGCACGAGCGCAAAGCGUUGUCGCCACGGUCACCCAACGAUCUGCCCCUGUUUACGGACGUCGAGCAUGCGGUACCGUAUCUGAGACGCGGCGGACACGUGCUGCACUGCGAGCUGACAGAGGUUUAUCCCGCGAUCGCCAAUCAGUUCACCGCCAACGAGAUAUGCGAGCUGCGAACGGUAAACGGUCCCGCUUUUGGUAGCAGCAAGCGACGAACCCCGUCUGAUAGUUGUUGGAUAAAUCUGUAUCAAAAUCUUUUGACUGUAAACUCAUUUCGAUGGUGUUGUUUGACCAACUUGCAAAGAAUUGCUAUUUACAACAUUAUGUUUGCAUUCACGCUGUUAGUAUUUGCAUGUGUAGAUCUCGCUUGGACAUUAAGUUUUGACGGACAAAUGAUAAAGGACAUUUUAGGAUACAAAAACUCGCAACGUGUUAUGAUUAUGGACUGUAACGAAGAGUUUGUGCCGCUUGCUAAGGAUCUAAUGCUUACUGGUGUGUUCGUACAAUCAAUGCAUUACACUUCUAACGAUACAUUUUCGAAGACACCAUCUUCUGCACCAAGUUCGCCUAAUUCGUAUACAAUUAUUGCGAAUAUUGAUUGCUCUACCGUACGGAAGAACAUUCAAACGGUUGAGUUUCAGGACAAGUUCAACGGAUCAUACGCUUGGUUGUUCAUCGCAAACGAAUACAAACUUCAAGAUCUUGUGCUGGAACAGAAGAAACCGUUCUGUUUGCGUCUAGAUUCAGAUGUACUGUGGCUACAGAAAGCAGCAAACAGUUGUUUCUACCAUCUUGUAGAUCUUUUCGCAUUAAGCGAUAAGCGUUGUGAAACGUUUCAAAUGAUUCAGGCCGGACAUUGGAGGCAAACGUCAGGACUUCAUAUCAUUGAUGGAUUCAGCAAAGUGAAAUUAAGAAAGAAUUUACAUCAAACGAUGCUGCGUGGUUUGCUUAUGCACUCGACGCCGGAUAUGCUUAAGACGAAGCUAAACCAUAUGUAUGGUGUCGAUACGAGUAAAGCUCUCGGACAUGAACUAUUCCACUAUGCUUUGCUGAACUUUCUACAAGAAGAGCAUAACUUUUCGGUAGAAUAUCAGUACUCGAGCCAGGAACGUUCUGAAGUAAUUCCAUCCUAUGACGUUGUAGCAUCCGGAGUUUUUCAGAGCUUGUCUUGCAAACCUUUAAACGCUCGCAUAUUGUUACAAUCUUGGACUUACAGGUUGGGCUUCAUAUUUCGUCUCACGCCAGAGCUGAACGGUGCAACGAGAGAAACGAGCUACUUAUCACCAUUUACCGACACUACGUGGUACUCCGUCGCCUCAGUACUAGCCCUCGUUCUGGGCGUUUUGCAAUGCAUAGCAAUAUUUCAUGCUGAGCUAUCAUUCCUCGCUCGCAAUCACUACCUAAUUGACACGAUCGGUUUGAUUGCUCAGCAAGGUACCGCGCAGAGUUCGGCAUACAUUUCGCUGCGAAUCGUGCUGUACGCGGUGCUGAUUAUGGCUUUCCUACUGUACAACUAUUACACCGCAUCGAUCGUCGGGGAAUUGCUUAGCAUCUCCAACCAAGGCCCAGCAACGAUCGAUCAGCUGCUCAAUGCGCCGCUCGCCGUGAUGUUCGCCAACGAUUCGUACAAUCGGGCACUUGCGGUGGAUAAUGGCACUGGCGUUUUAAUGCAACAGUUUGUGCGGCAGCACGCCAGGGUACCGGACGCGAUGACUUCCGAUCCUAUCUACGCAGAUGUCCGCACAGCCGUUCAGCUGCUGAAGCUGGGUGGUUACGCAUUUCACUGCGAACUGACCGAAGCCUUCCGAGCGAUAGCCAGCCACUUUGAUGCGCACGAAAUAUGCGAACUGCGUACGAUGAAAGGCUUGUACACUGAGCUGCCAUUGAUGAGCUUUGUGGUACCGCAGGGAAGCAUGUACGCUGAGCAGUUCAAAAUCACCCUUACGAGAGCUACAGAGAUAGGAUUGAUAAAACGGCUUUUAAACACAUACAGCAGUGAUCAGCCAACUUGUCAGGGCGGAGCUUUGGUGCAUCCCGUUGUCCUGGCUGGAGUAACAGCGCCUUUCACAAUCCUCGCCGCUGGAUUUGUUUCCUCCUUUGUUAUAUUUCUACUUGAAAAGAUCAUAUACUCAAUGAAAAUGAUGAGUCAACCGUUCGAAACAUAGAUCGCAGACAAGAUUGUGUGCAGUUUAGUGAGGAUUUGUAACGAAAUUUGCAACAAUAAAAGCACAAAAUAGAAGCAUUACUUCUAGCAACGCCCAGGAGUAGUUUGGUUGCGGAAGUUUGAUGCACCUUCACUUACAACUCGAUCCACUCAAGCGCAAUGCAACUGA